AUGUCUCCAGACGAUAUUAUCUAUGUUUCAUUACUUCUGGUGUCUAUACCUAUUGGCUUUUUGAUUAAAAAUGUGCAGAGUGCUGUCCAUCGGCAGUGGUUGACUUUUGCCAUCGGUUUAUCCAUAGCAAUAGCUACGAUAGGAUUCGAUGUUGUUCAUUCAUUUGUCACUAUACUAGGCACUUACAUCAUCUGUCGUUUUGCACCCUAUCGGUACUGCCAUACGCUAGGAUUUUUGUAUUCGUUUUUGUAUUUACUAUUCUUCCGAAUAGCACAUUAUUUUGGCUUACCAAAACCAUGCAACCAUUCUAACGCCAUACAGCUAAUACUGACAAUUAAGAUGGCUAGUAUAGCGUUUGAUGUGCACUUUUGGCACUUGAGGAAAACUGAAUCAGUGGUUGUAAACAAGUUGCCUGGAUUACCCAUCAAAUCCUUACCUUCAUUGUUCGAUUUUUUAUCAUAUGGAUAUUGCUAUUGUGGAUUAUUGUCUGGUCCUUAUUUCCAAUAUCGUGUUUACAAAGAUAUGAUCGAUAAUCCAAACGCAGGACAGAUUGAGGUACUGUGGCCAGCAAUGAAGAGAUUGCGUUGGGUACCUAUCUUGGUGGGUAUCUCACUAUCUCUUGGCAACUAUCGAUCAGCUUAUAUCAUAUCGGAAGAAUUUUAUAAUAGCACUAUCUUUGAUAAAUUAUUUUAUGUGUUAGUUCAUUUUAUUGCAUUUCGAUUUCGAUUUUAUAUCGGUUGGGCACUAGCUGAAAGUGCUUGUGUCAUAGCAACAUUAGGAGCUUACCCUGAGGCUACUAAACCUCGUCCUGGUGCUGGUCCAACGAUUGCAUUGGAUGAUAAUACCAGUAAGAAUGAUCAAUAUAAUUUUGAAACAGUCUACAAUCUUGAUAUUUACCAAAUUGAAACCGGAACAACAUUAAGACCAGCCAUGCGUUAUUGGAAUAUGACAGUUCAGUGGUGGUUAUCUGCAUUUAUUUACCGUUAUUGGUUGGUUUUACUCUUUAUCGUUAGUGCGUUUUGGCAUGGAAUUCGUGCUGGUUAUUACUUUAGUUUUAUGACAACUCUAUUAUGUACUCUUGGGCAAGAUCGCUUUUUAUCCUUUUUUUCGCCAUACUUUCGUGGUUCCUUCAGCUCCAAAGCCUUUCAUUUUGUAGCCAAUUUUGUCGCUAUUAGAUUGUAUGAAUAUAGCAGCUUAGGAUUUAUUUUUCUUGAUAUAGAUAAUACAGUAACCGUGAGUGGUUCUUUAUAUUAUUGGGGUCACAUUUUUUCAAUAAUAAUGAUAACGCUAAGUUUAAUUAAGCCAUCAUCAAAGGGUGUUCGUGAAAAAAUGAGUAAAGUAGAUUGA